GGCCCACCUCGGUGCCGGGGGACGCGGGAGCGCGGCCGUUGGGCCAGCGCGCGGAACGUGCGUGGCUUGAGCAACUCGGCUGAGUGCUGUGGAUGUUGUCCUGGUACGGACCCGGCGCUGUUCGUAAGCGCGCUUUCCACUCGCACUGCCUGUGGACCCACCAUGAGGCGCCUGGGCUCGGUGCAGCGGAAAAUGCCGUGUGUGUUUGUGACGGAGGUGAAAGAGGAGCCGUCCACCAAAAGGGAGCAUCAGCCAUUUAAAGUUUUGGCAACUGAAACUAUAAGUCACAAGGCAUUAGAUGCAGAUAUACACAGUGCAAUUCCAACAGAAAAAGUGGAUGGAACAUGUUGUUACGUUACUACUUACAAAGGUCAGCCAUACCUUUGGGCUCGGCUAGAUAGAAAACCUAACAAACUAGCUGAGAAAAGGUUUAAAAAUUUCCUACAUUCAAAACAAAACUCUAAAGAAUUUUUUUGGAAUGUUGAGGAGGACUUCAAACCUGUUCCAGAGUGCUGGAUACCAGCGAAGGAAAUAGAACAAUUAAAUGGGAAUCCAAUGCCUGAUGAAAAUGGACACAUUCCUGGUUGGGUACCAGUGGAGAAAAACAACAAACAGUAUUGCUGGCAUUCCUCUGUAGUAAAUUAUGAAUUUGAAAUCGCCCUGGUACUGAGGCAUCAUUCUGAUGAUCCUGGUCUUUUGGAAAUUAGUGCAGUGCCACUCUCAGAUCUGUUAGAACAAACACUGGAGCUUAUAGGAACCAAUAUUAAUGGAAACCCAUAUGGGUUAGGAAGCAAGAAGCAUCCGUUACAUCUUCUUAUACCGCAUGGAGCAUUUCAAAUAAGAAAUCUACCUACUUUGAAGCACAAUGAUCUGUUGUCCUGGUUUGAAGGUUGCAGAGAGGGCAAAAUUGAAGGAAUAGUGUGGCACUGCAGUGAUGGCUGUUUAAUCAAGGUCCAUCGCCAUCAUCUUGGUUUAUGCUGGCCAAUCCCAGAUACCUAUAUGAAUUCAAAACCAGUUAUUAUCAACAUGAAUCUGAACAAUUAUGUGUAUGCCUUUGAUGCUAAGUGUUUAUUUAAUCACUUUUCAAAAAUAGAUAAUCAGAAAUUUGGUAGGCUCAAAGAUAUAAUACUCAAUGUAUAAACUGGAAAUGCAAUUAAAAACCAGCUUCUUUGUUAUUAUAUUUCAAUAUUGAAUACCCUGCCAUGUUUAGAAGGUAAAAAUAUCUGAGUUUCUAUUUAUUGUUCACUGUCUAAUAUAGCAUCAUCAUGUCUUCUAGCAUUUGAAGAAAUGAAUUUCCCACCUGCAAAUAUCUAUUCAAAAUUUUAUUGAGAAACAGCAAGUGAGUUUUUAACCUCUGGAAUUUAAAAUAUAAUAGUAAGCUGCCCAGCUUGUACAAAGGUUAGAUUCAGUCCAUUAUACAUGGGUAGUAGCAUAAAAGACAAACCAACAAUUCUGGACCGUUUACUUUAAAAAUUAAAUAGUUUAAGCUGAAUUUAAUACUGCUAGACAUUUAAGAAAACUUAUGGCUCAACUUCAUAAUGUAUUUUUAUCUAUAUAUAUACACACACACACACAUAUAUAAUUUGAGAAUAUGUAAGUAUAUAUAAAACCCCAGUUUUAAAUGUUUAAGAAACUUAAAACAUGAAUGUAUAGGAAUUCACCAUAGAUCAUUGCCUAUUUGACAGAUAUAACUUAUCCUAAAAGUCUUCAAAAAUACACUUUUCUAAUACGUUGAAAUUUUCGUGUAAUUUUAUUUACUAAAAAUUCCAAUUUAGGUAAAGGUACAAGGUAUUGGGAAGGAAAUCAUGUAGGUCAGAGACUUGCCUGAUUUCCAGAUGGAACUUCCAGAUGGAAUUUUAACUUAUAAAGUUAAUAAAACUAUAGCUAGAGGUGGCCCUUAGUAUAUGGGAAAUUAACAGGAUUUUCCUCCUCUUCAUCUUCAAACUCUUCAGAAGCAGCAACAGGACUAGUUAAUUCAACUCCAAAUUGUUCAGAAAGCGUUUUUAACUUCUCUUCUAAGAGAAUAUUUUUUUUCACUUCUUCUUUGUAAUUAUACUUCAGAUCUUCGAUUUCUUCAAAAAAUGAAGGAUCAAAAUUUUCCAGUUCUUUUUUCAGCUUUUUUAUUUCCUCCUAAUAAGAACAUAUUAUCUUUAAAAGGUAUAUAUAGGAAAAAAUACAUUCCUUAGGUGUGAACUAAAGAGAUUAAUUACAAACAUGAAAGCCAAAGUAACCUGAAUAGUCAAAUACACGGCAGAAGUAUUUUCUUAAGAUUUUAUUAAUAAGGUUUCAUUGUACAGUGUAAGUAACUAACUUGUUAACUGUCAAAUUAUUUGUUCUCUAAGUUAUGUCCUGGUCUUGGACUAAAAUUUAUCAGUUCUUAAAUCAGAGGGGAUUUAAUCUUUCUCCAAAAGAAUAUUAAGAUACUCUCAAUGAGGCAAUCAAAAAACUUGGCUAUUCACAACAUUGAAGUUAUUUUGGUUAAGAUUCUUUGGUUAGGCUUUACUUGUAUUUUCUUUACAAAUAUCUAAUUUUCAAUGAAUAAUGGUCACUUGUUAUAAAUAUAUUUAUGAUCAGGUAAACUGUUGGGCUUCUGCCUGGCUAAAAGUUAGGCAUCUGGUAAAGGAACAAUUUGAGCUUUAAUGACCAUGUAGAAUAGCCAGUGAUCACUAGUUAAUUUUCAUAUUUAUGCUCUUUUGUUCUGUUUACAGAUUCUUAAAGAGAUAAAGCAUAUCAAAUAUCUUUCUUUAAGGGAACUAUUCCUGAAAAGAAUUUCUAAAGGAAAUAAAAGACACUUCCCAAUGUGACCCAAAACUUAGAAAAAUAUUAAAAUAAUGAGCUAUAUUUGUGACAAUUAAACAUAAUUUACUCUUUAAUCCUAUUUGUCUCAAUUUUUUGAUGGUUCUGUUAAUAAAUAUUUUUAAUACAGUCAGAUGAAUAUAAUAACUUUGUAAUAUCAAGGUUAAAUGUAAGUAUAAAAUGUGAUCCCAGGAAUAUUUAGGAUACAUACUUAAAACUCAGAGAUGGUGAGCAUAAAAACAGUUUUCAACAGCUGUUUUCACAAAACAUUUAUAAUACUAUAAUUAAAAUAGUUACCUUCAAAUGCUGCUUUUCUAGAUCUGAGGUUGUGAGCUGUGUCUCUAGAUCUUUGACCUUUUCCUUUAGUUGAUCAGGAUCUGCCUCCAAAAAAGUGAAAAUUAGACUAAGCUUUUCCCACUCUGAAUGAGUUCAAGAUAAAGGACUUAUUUUAGAGGAUAAGGAGGAAAUUUAUGAAACUAGAGCCUGGAAAAUGUUGUCUUUUAUGGUUGAAACACUUUUCAGGCUGUGAAUUCUGUAUGCUACCUCUAUAUCAGGUAUUAUAAUUCCAUAAGCAGACAAAGAGAAGAGGCAUACGUUAGAUGUUUGUUAGAAGUAUAGAUCCAGGUUGAUUUUUUACAUGGAAGAAACCAUUAUUUUCAGAGAAAAGUUCUAGAACCGAGAAAAUCUGUUAGGUGCUAAUAGUACAACAUUAGAAUAAGUAGACUGUUAGGGAAGGGGCUACAACCAUAAGGUGGCCAAAUGCUCCUGUUACCCAACAGCUUUGACUAUUCCGUGUACUGCAGUGCGUAUUUACUGUAAUUAUUGGGUUGGCCAAAAAGUUCAUUUGGGUUUUUCCGUAAGAUGUUAUAGAAAAACCUGAACGAACUUUUUGGCCAACCCAAUACUAUGUGAAAAAUGUGCUGGGCAGGAUGGAUAACACAAAGAUGAAUAAGUCCUGAUAUUUUGGUAGGAAAACAUAAAAAGCACAAGGGCUUUAAUUUAUUGAUUUCCCCCAGAGUUAACAUAUCUCUAAUUUUAUAAUGAGAAUCAAUGGGCAAUAGUAUUUUUGCUUUAAUUGCCAUCUUUGCUAGAAACAUACUUUCUUUAAACUGCAUAUAAUGUGUCAUGUGGUCAUAUUUUACAUCCAUUGAGGGGUAAAAUUUUUAAAAUAAUGCUGAAUUUUGAGAAAAUAAUGGUCAGCAAAUACAUUUUCAUGAAUGGGACAGGAAGCAUAUUCUAUUAAGGUGACCUUGGAAUGGUCCUCCAAUUACUGUAAGUUGGAGACAAAUAUUUUCCUCAUACUUUUCAAAGCUUCCCUCACCUCUGCAGAAAGUACUAAUGAUUUUUUUACAGAGUUGAUUUUUGAUCACUGGAGUGCUAUAUUGAGUUGUCUUAAUCAGUGGGAUGCUAUAUAUUACAUAGCUUGGUAAUGAAAUUAUGCAGUAUAAGUGAUUAUUAUGUAUAGCACUUUCCAAAAGUUAGCUUAAUGAUCACGUAUACUUAAAUAGUGCUUUAAAAUUUCCAAAAAAGUUUUGGUUUGAUUUUGAGCCUUAACAGUCUUUGGUAGAUAUCCUUAUUUUUAAAUAGAAGAGGAGGAAAUGAGGGUUCAGAAAUUCCUUCUCGGGAAACUGAGGUUUAGAAAGAGAACUUGCCUAACAUCAACAGCAUUAACUGCUCUUUGGUGCUGUGUCUGGUUUAGUACACCAAGCUGGCUGCUGGAAGAGAUGUUAUCAAGAGAGGUUUACGUAUGUACUUCUAGUCACCAAGAGAGGAGGCAGUCUAAUGGUCAAUAGCAGGAAAUGGCAAGGAGCUUUGGAGUUUCACAGAUUUAGGCUUCAUCCUGCCUCUGCCACUUCCUAGCUGCUUUGAAUCUGUUUAACACAGGUAGAAUGGAGACAGAGGUACUCAAAAUUCAGGGCUAUAAGAAUUAAAUUAUAAAACGCUUGUAAAGCAUUUAGCACAGUGUCUGGAAUGACUCAUACAUGACAGCCUUAAUACAAAGUAGCAACAAGACUACUUGGUAGGAUAUUGAAAAGCUAUGUGAAAUAGUCAAAAACUGUUUAGAUAUAAAUUAGUAUAACCCUUUGGAACAGAAUUUGGCAUUUUCAUAAAAGCUAUCAAAUACAAUAUGCAUACAAACAAUCGAUUCUUAUUAUUUGCAGUAGUUAUGUUCUAUAAAGUCAACAUGAACAAUGAAUUAGUGAAUACUGAACCACUGCUCUUAGGGAAAAUAAACCUACAUACACAUGCAUCUCACAUAGAUUUCAUAAUCUUAAAUCCUGGAAACAAUUCAUCCUGUUAGGUCCUAUUUUCUUUGUUAUACAGGAGAGAACAAGGUUGGGAAGUAUCAAGUGACUCCUGAGGCUGCCCUAAUGACAGGCAUCAGAGCUGAAAUUUAAACCCAGUCCAGCUGGUCCCAGAACCAGAGGUUCCUGCCCUGUGCAGCAGUGCCCCCUGUUGUCUCUUCCUCUGGUCAUCCUUGUAUGAGAGCUAAAACAAUGCAGAGCAUCACCUUGCUGAAUCUCAUCUAGGAAAGUGUGGAUCAUAGAACUUAAAUUUUUCACUGCUCUGUGUGUAUGUCUGCAAAAGUACCACACAGUACUGAUUUGGGGUUACAAGUAAAUUUACUGAGUAGGUGAAUAUGCAAAUACAGAAUCUGCAAAUAAUGAGGAUCAGCUAUUCACUGUAUGUGUGUUCACGCAUAUACAUAUACAUUACAUACCUAUGUGUAUAUGUGCAUACCUAUGCACACAGGAACAGGGGAAUGAUUAGUAAUCACUUCUGAAUGCAAAUGGAAGAGGGUAGGAUAGACUUUUUUACUUUGUAAAAGGAAAAAAGAAAGGAUAUAGGCAAUGUUUACUUAUAUACAUUUAGUUUUUAAAUUAAUAACAAGAUGAAAGUAACAUUUAGAAGAAAAUGUUCAAAGGGCUUAAAAGGGCCUAUACUGAGAAACUGGAAGCAACAAACCCAAUAUUUAUUACUUAGCAUUGUAUCAUGGUUAAAUCCGUAACAUCCAGAUGGAAUACAAGGAGAAAGACACUUGAAUACUUGCUACUCAAUAUUACAGACAACUCAAAGGGCUCAAUGGGAAUAUUGUUUUGUGGAAGACAGAGACAGCUUUAAAAACUUAAAUCAAGGAUUUGAUUUUAUAAAAGGAAGACAGAUCAGAAAUGUGUGAACAAACAAGAAAGGCAAACCCUAAUUCAAAAACUUGGGUUAUCUAACAUGCUAUGAGUGUGUUAAAAAAUAUACUACCGGGUAUGGUGCUUUGAGGUCCAUUCUGGUCUUUGUUAACUUCUAUCUGAUGGAUUAAUUCUUCUUUUUCUUUUUCCAGCUGUCUGUUAGCUAAUCUAGAACACAAUGAUAAUGUGUUAAAAAAAGACAAACAGACAUUGCUCCACAAAAUACAUGAGCAUUUCUUUAAUUGUGUGAUGUACAGUGCUUAGAACUUGCUGAUAUUUAUAAAGGUAAACAUUUGUCCAUUUACUCUCCCUGCUGCAAUGCUACCAUUCUCAGAGAUCAGAGAAUCAAAAUCCUUCAUGUUCUUAAAAUCUGAUCUGAUGUCAUUUUCAAGAGUAGUUUUUCUCUUGCAGGGAGGAGCCUCACAAAAGUACGCUACACAGAGCCUUGGAAGAAUUUUUUUCCUCAUUUCAAUUAACAUUUGCCUUUGGAAGCUAAGGUUUAAUAUAUUCUAUGCGAUUAAGAAAGUUUAAAUUACAAACUUGACACCUAUAUUAAGAUCUGGUUUACCCUUUUUUUAGCAUCCAUUAUAUAAAAGAGUGAUUGGCAUUAGAAGGAUGAAAUAAGGCUGAAAAACCUAUUAGGCAGCAAGGUUGAAAAAUCUUAACUGUCUAGAUAUAGCAAAUGUGGUUAUAUUAAAAAAUAAUUUUUAAAAAGUAGUCAUAUGAACAAAUAAUAUACCUAAGAACUUGAAGCUCCCAUUGAAGGCCUUGCUCUGUUUCAUCACCUUCAGGAACAUGUUUGAGAAUCUCAAUCUUUGGGCACAAUGAAAAGUUAGAAGACAAAGUUUGACACGGAAAUAUGAGGUUUUAUAAAGAUACUUUCAAUGAAGCAUAAUUUUAAAAGUUGAGUUUUCAAAAGUUCAUAUGAUUGUACAUCUAUGGUGAUCUAUCCACUAUUUAUUCAACAAUUAUUUAUUGAGGAACUACUGCAUGCCAGGCAUUGUCCUAGGCACACUGGAUACAGCAGUGAAUAAGCAAAAUCCCUUCCUUCAUGAUCCUGUGGUCCUUACAUUUUUAGUGGGGGAAGACAAACUGAGCAUGUGAUGUGACUUGAUAACACUUCAAGAUGGUGGGAAGGGCUAUUAAGAAAAAUAACCUAGGGUAAGAGGACAGAGUGAUGGAAAGUAGUAUAGGUUUGGGAGGGUCUGAGGAGCUUGCAUUUAAGCAGAGACAUGAAGUGCAGGGGUGAGCUAUGAGAAUAUUUGGGUAAACAGUAUUCUAAACAAGGGAAACAAAAGCAAGGCCCAGUAGUUUGGAUGAGUUUGGUUUUCCCGAGGAUUGAAAGAAUGUCAGCGUGGCUAGAGCACUAUGAGUGCUGGAGAAAGUAAAGGUGAGGCUAGAGAGGAAACCAGAUGCCAUACCAUGUAGGUCUUUGCAGGCUAUGAAAAGAACUUUAGGAUUUUGUUCUGGGGUAAUGGGAACCACUGGAAGAUUCUAAGGAUGGGACUGCUAUGAUUUGCUUUAUACCUUUAAAAGGAUUACUUGGCAACUAUGUGGAAAAUAGGUCAGGGAUAAGGAGAAGGUGAAACAAGGCAAGAGCGGAAGCAGGGAGACCAGUUAGGAAAUUACUGCUAUUCAGGUGUGAGAGAAUAGCUUAGACUAGACUGGCAGUGUUGGAGGUGCUGAGAUAUCAUCAGAUUUGGGAUACAUUUGAAAUAGAGCUGACAGGAUUUAAUGAACAAGACACGGGGUAUGAGUGAAAAGAAAGGAGUCUAUGAUCCAAGGUUUUUGACUUAAACAAAUAGGUGAAUGGUGGGGCCAUUCACUUAGAUGGAACUUGUAGGAGAGGAAUUAGUCCAGAGUUCAUUUUUACCUACAUAAGACAAUGAAUGCCGAGGGGUGGUUUGAAAUACGAUGCAUUAUUUUAUCACAUAAAGAAAAAUGACAUUACUUGCCUGUUGCUCAAGAUCUUCCGUGUAUUUCUUAACUUUUUGUUCCCUCUCUGUUGCUUGUCUUACAAGCUGUUUAAGAUCAGUAAGGCUUUUAGUUUUUUUGGCAAUAUCAGUUUCCAAUUCUUUCAACUUGGUUUCAUACAUUCUAAAAGUAUAAAGAAAAAAAAAUGGUGUAGACGUGGAAAAUAAUUUCUCUAAUUCAUUUAAAAGCUAGUUCAAGUUACUGCACUAAAAAUAAAGAAUAUCUUAUUA